UCCCACCAGCCAGCGUCUCCCCGGUCUCCUCACAGUCACAGCCCCCGUCUUUCCCCGCAUGCGAGUAUGUGCGUAGCUUUUUCGUUUUCCAACCCGGGUUAGCGAUCGUGGGAACAGAAGAACCCGGCGGCGGCGGCCUAUGGAAAGAAAUCGCGUAGGGGUUUCCGCUCCGGCGCACCCCCGCACCCCCUGGGGAUUAAAAAGGCGGCGUGUCGGAGAAAGAUGAGACAGGCUCUUCCAAGCUGCCUGCUUGCCGAGCAAGCGAGCCCUUCUGCACCAGACGCGACCAAGGCGCGCGUGCCGUUUUCCUCCCGGGUCGCCCUUCUCGCUCUCAGCCCGCUUUCCCUCCUCUUAAGGUGGCGCGCCGGGAUGUGGGCCGCUGCUCGGCGUCUCCUCCGCCGAGGGGGCCUUAAAAGCAAACCCUCCUCCUCCUCCUCGCCUCCUUCCACCCAGAGCCGCAAGCUUCGAGGUGCGCCGAGCGGCGCUGCUUUGUAAGGGCGCCCGGCGAAGCGGCUGCGCUCCAGUCGGCGGGAAGCUUGGCCAGGAGGAGGAGGAGGAGGCGGCGGCCCGGAGUUGGAUCGCGCGCAAGACGCCGCCGCCGCCGCCACUGGGGCACGUGCUGCAGCCGCAGCCGGCAGACCUGUAGCCUUGCAGCCGGACGGACGCCUGCCUGCCUGCUCGCCUGCCCGCCUCCUUUCACAUCCUGGAGCAGGGUGCCGCGGUCGCCUUUAAGCGCCGGGAGAUCCCGCCGGAGACCCUCGCCCGGCUGAUCUUGGAGAUCCUCGUCGCAACUUACCCGCGAAACAAGACGACGCAUUUAUUUCCUCAGGUUUGGUUUGGUUCUCUUUAGAGGGAUGUAGGAAGCUUAGAAAGGCUGGCCCCCAAUGUAUUCCCGGACUGCGGUUCCUGCCUAUCAGUUUGCAUUAAAGGCCUCCAGAGAAAGCACCGUCCCCCCCUGACAGACAGGAAUGUGGAAGAAGGCCUGCAAGGAAGUGCCAAAUGUAUACACUCUGCACCUGAGGAGCAUCUCAGAGGACACCAACUCCUGGCAGAUCCCAGGAAGGCCAGGGGGCUAAACAAACUUGCCAGCUAGACUCUCUUCCUCAAAGCCAUUGGUGUCAAGGCAUGCCCUCUGUUGUGACAGAUAACUGAAAUGGAUGAAGUUUUCAGGCAUUUCUAAGAGGAUGAAUUCUGCCAAAAUACAUCUGCAGUGCUUUACCUGCCAGGGCAGCAUUUACAGUUUGGAGGGAGAUGCCCGGGCAGUGGGACAUCUCUGCAGCAUGCUGAGGAGACGUAACCUUCUCACUACACUUCUGAUUGCUUUGCCAUGGGGUCUUCUUCUUACAUUGUGGCAUCAGUACCCAACUACCCGCUACCUCAGCAUUCUGAGAAAGGAAACAGAUGAAAACGUGACGGCCAAAUCUCUCUUCAAUAAUAGCACAUCGCUCACAAGGGAGGAUGGACUCUCAUCAUGUGCUCGGCAGCCGGCUGUUGGGGCAGCUCCAAAAAUAAUCCGGAGCUAUGUGUACUCCAGGCCUCCCCCAUGGUCAGAGGCUCUGCCUUCCAUCUUUGUGAUCACCCCUACCUACAGCCGGCCAGUGCAGAAGGCUGAGCUGACCCGUCUGGCCAAUACUUUCCUCCACGUGCAGAACCUCCACUGGGUGGUGGUGGAAGACGCUCCCAGAAGGACCAACCUAGUAUCCAAUCUGCUGGAGAAGACAGGGAUCAAUUUUACGCACCUGAACGUUGAGACUCCUAAGAGUCUGAAGAACCCUUCCUGGCUCCCAUCUCACAAACCGAGGGGCACGUUGCAGAGGAAUCUUGGACUGCAUUGGCUGAGGGAGAAUUUUGGCACCACACCACCACCAGAGGGUGUGGUCUACUUUGCUGAUGAUGACAACACCUAUAGCCUAGAGCUCUUUGAAGAGAUGCGCUACACAAAGAAGGUGUCCGUCUGGCCAGUCGCCUUUGCCGGGGGCCUGAGGUACGAGUCCCCAAAGGUGAGCCCGGCAGGCAAAGUGGUGGGCUGGAAGGUCGUGUUCGACCCUAACCGGCCCUUUGCCAUCGACAUGGCCGGCUUUGCCAUCAGCCUCAGGCUGAUCCUGGAGAAGCCUCAGGCCACUUUCAAGCUGGACGGAGUGAAAGAAGGUUACCAAGAAACUAGCCUGCUGAAGGAUCUGGUUACGAUGGAUGGAUUGGAGCCCAGAGCCGCCAACUGCACAAAGGUCUUGGUCUGGCACACGAGGACAGAAAGACCAACACUGGUUAAUGAAGGCAAACGCGGAUUCACAGAUCCAAGGGUGGAGGUGUAAUUGGGAAAUCACCUUAUUCUGUAGCAACUGUUCUCAUCUCUACACUUGCUCAGCAGCAAACUGAUGCAGCAAUGAAGAAUAACAUCCUACUUGUGUUCAUAGCUACCAGCUUCCCACGUCCCGAAAGCCAUGAAAGAAAGACUGAAAGACUGAAAGGAAGUGAAUGUGGAACCCCAAGUCCAGUUGCUUUGUACAAUGGCCAUUCAUCAUUCAGCUAGGAGAAAUUGUUUCUACGUUUGUAUUUAUUUCUUGAAGGACUUUUAAAAAAUAUAAAUGUGUGUGUACGUGUGUGUGUGCAUGCGCAUGCACGAGCACACACACACCACUUCCAGGGCAAGGGAAGAAGAACCAGGCUUUCACUCUGGACAAAGCUCUUUCUGGUAACCUCGCAUCCUGAUUUUUGAAGCUCUGCGUUGUAAAGCAAUGGGAUGAGGGCUUCUGCAAAUCUGCUCCAUGCCACAGCAGUUCAAAAGGAGGCCAUCCCUGCAAUGGGAACAAUGGAAUAUGCCAACAUCACUUUGGGGGAAGAGAAGCUCUCAGAGUAGCUUAAAACCUCAUUCAAUCUGAGGGGUUUGCCCUCCAGAAGAAGGCGGUAGGGCAGUUCAUGCUUGGAGGUACAUGUGGUUCAUUCUUUGGCUUUGUUGAGUUCUGCAUCAGUUCCCUUUACAGUGGUACCUCUGGUUAAAUAGACCUGAGGAUACAAACGCUUCAGGUUACAGACUUCGCUAACCCAGAAAUAGUACCUCGGGUUAAG